GCCUACGUAGCGCUUUCCAUUGGCCGGCGGGGCUGGGCGGCGGCGAUGAUUGGUCCGGGUGGGGUUUAGCCACGCCUUCCCGGAAGUGUCGCUCCGGCAGUAGCGCCCGGCUGGAGGGCGGGAGGGUCCGGCCGCACCCAGCGAAGCACCGCAGGACCCCCCCUCCUCAGGGAGGGGGCACCCACCCCCCCCUUAAAGGCUCUGCUGUCACCCCCCCGCACCCCAACACCCGUCCCCCCCCUCCAUGCCGCUAGGCCUGGGUCGUCGCAAGAAACCCCCGCCGCUGGUGGAGAACGAGGAGGCGGCGGGGGGGAGCGGGGGGGCUACCGGGGAAACCCCGGGGGUCUCAGUGGGGGUUCCUGGGGGGCCACCCCCCCCGGGGCUCCCCCCGCUGCCCCCGGCCCUUCGGCCUCGCCUGGUCUUCCACACGCAGCUGGCUCACGGCAGCCCCACCGGCCGCGUCGAGGGAUUCACCAACGUCCGCGAGCUCUACGGCAAGAUCGCCGAGGCCUUCUGCAUCCCACCCGAGAGCCUCUGACGCUGCUGUCCCGGCCAGGUGAUGUUCUGCACCCUCAACACGCACAAGGUGGACAUGGAGAAGCUGUUGGGUGGCCAGAUCGGCCUCGAGGACUUCAUCUUCGCCCACACCAAGGGCCAGCGCAAGGAGGUCGAGGUCUUCAAGUCGGAGGAGGCCUUGGGUCUCACCAUCACUGACAACGGCGCCGGCUACGCCUUCAUCAAGCGGAUUCGGGAGGGCAGCGUCAUCGACCGCAUCCCGGUGAUCAGCAUCGGGGACAUGAUCGAGGCCAUCGACGGGCAGAGCCUGGUGGGCGCUCGUCACUACGAGGUGGCCAAGAUGCUGAAGGAGUUGCCCCGGGGACGCACCUUCGCCCUCCAGCUCACCGAGCCCCGCAAGGCCUUCGACAUGAUCGGCCCACGGGCUGGGGGGGGCCGCAGCGGGGGCACCCAGCUGGGCACCGGCCGGGGCACCCUGCGCCUCCGCGCCCGGGGACCCGCCACUGUCGAGGAGCAGCCGUCAGCUUUCGAGGAACGGGCCGUGGCCAAGGUGGACGAUCUGCUGGAGAGCUACAUGGGCAUCCGGGACAGCGAGCUGGCCGCCACCAUGGUGGAGCUGGGUCGGGACGCCCGGGACCCCGACGCGCUGGCCCAGGCUCUCGAUUCCCAGCUCGGGGACUUCGCUUUCCCCGACGAGUUCGUCUUCGACGUCUGGGGGGCCAUCGGCGACGCCAAGGUGGGGCGCUGCUAGGGACCCCCCCCCCUCACCCCAGGACUGGGGGGGGGACGCCUGGACUGGGAA